UUAUCCGUAAACAAUAAAAAUAAUAUAUAUAUAGUUUAGCUUUUGAUUCGUUAUCUAUUUUUAUUCGAACCGAAAAAUCUAGAGUUUUAUUGAAACUAUGUAUGUGAGUUUUAUAUUAAAAAAAAUCACAAAGUACGUAGUGUGAACACAUUUAUGAUUAUAGUGUGAACGCGUUAGCAUAUUUAUUAUCAAAUCAUUGUGAAGCUGCCACAUGUCUAUUAUAAUGUGAAUGCAUUUAUUACAAUGCUUCUCUUUUAAUAUAUAAGGGAUUACUUUAUUGUAAUACCUUCGGAUCUCAUUAGCGAUCGGGAAUCAGACCCCUGGCCUCUAGCAACAACACUUAGGUGGAUGUCGAAUAUGGAUUAAAGGAUUUAUUCUAUUAUGUGAACAGAACUAAAAACUCGUAUCCUUAAUUCAAAUAGGAUAUAUCGAUUCUAGUAAACUGGAAUAAUAUCGUAUUAUCUUCUAGUGAUUGUGAUAUAUGUAUAUAUAUCUUUAUUUAAGGUUGAAUAGUUAUUUUGAUUCGGUCUUUUUUGAGUAUGAAAAUGACAACGCCAUGUAACAUUUUGGUACUCCUAAAAGAAAAGUAUAUUACGUACGCCUAUUUAGAUCCAACCAACACCACAACAAAGCGUCUUCGUGUGAAGGAAUUAUCAAAAUUGGAAAUAACGUAAACCAAAAGAGACGCCAUCCCUAUAUAAAUAAAACUUAUUACGUAUAGGGUACGUUAGACAAUACCCUUUUAGUGCCCACAUUACCUACUAUUUUAUCAUAUGCUCUUGAUUUCUAUUUAUUGAUUUGUUAUGUUGCUGAUAACAAUAAACAUAUAUAUAUAUAUAUGUAUUAUGCUACUUUAUUUUAAAACCCACAUGCAUUUGCAAUGAACUCCUACGUACCCAAUGACAGACAGUUAUCUAUCUAUAUUAAUUAUGCAAAAGGUCGUGGAUUAGAACAAGCCCGCGUUUAACUACGUUUCCUAAUUCCUUAUAUAUUCAAAUAAAAAUGUUUUCUAGCCUUGAUCGAGUAUUAUAGAUCGUUGGACCAUCUUGCGCGUGAAGCAUUUUUUUAUAGUUUGGUCACUCUAUGAUAGAUAGAUAAACUGAGAACAAAUUUUGAAGGAAAUAAAAAGUUGGUAGGUUCCCUAUGGGAGAUGCAUGUGCAUGAGAUUAGUUAAAUUAAUUGCUUAGGACUGAUAGUUAAGAGUGGAUAGAACAUACUAUAAAAAGGAGAGGAAUGAGGGAGUGAAAAGUGAAUAUAGUUUGAUGUUUUGAUUUAUAUACUGAUAGUUAAAAUGGAGAGUAUAAGCGAGGGAUCAUCAUCAAACUUGAUGGUUUUAUUGUUUGGUAUUGCUUCUGUUGUGUUGGUGCUGAGCUCAAACAAUGUUAAUGGGUUACGAGACUUAAAGGAGAGAGAUGGAAGUGAGAGUAGGUCUAUGAGUGGUACUACAUCUUCAAGCGUUUUGGAUUCUAAGAACUUUUAUACGAAUGUUUCGACCGCUGGGUUUGAAAAUGACUUAGUUGGUGAAAAUUGUCAUGCAAACAAGAGUAGAAAAUGUGAGGGAGGAGGAGGUGGUGGGGGUGGAGGAGGCGGUGGUGGAGCCAGAGAAGAAAAUACACACAAAAAGAAAAAAAGAAAUAGUGGUGGUGGAGGUGGAGGUGGAGGCGGUGGCAGAGGUAGCGGAAAUGGCUCCGGCCGUGGCUGGGGUGGUGGUGGAGGCGGCGGUGGUGGAGGAGGCGGUGGUGGAGGAGGAGGAGGUGGUGGUGGAGGAGGCGGUGGUGGAGGAGGCGGUGGUGGUGGAGGAGGAGGAGGAGGUGGUGGGGGUGGGGGUGGAGGAGGAGGUGGUGGUGGCGGUGGAGGAUAUCGUGGCGGAGGUGGGGGAGGAGGAGGUGGCGGAGGUCGUGGAGGAGGUUGGGUAGGAGUAGGCGGAAGUGAUGGGAAGGGCGGAGAAUGGGGCUUUGGAUGGGGAUGGGGAGGUGAUGGACACGGCGGAAACGGCGGUCGUUGUUGGUAUCCCGGUUGUGCUAAAAAGAUCAAAGGGAAGUCAUAGGUAAAUCAGACAUACACUAAGAGCUAUGAUAUGACUUUUAGCCAUGCUUUUUAAUCACUACAUACACAAUAAUUCCACUGUUUUGUAACCCCUUUUUUCUUUGUUAUAUGUACUAUCAACGGCAUAAGAACAACAACACAACGAUUAAUUUCGUUGUUAAUUUUGUUUUUAUGUUAUGUGCUUCGAUUGAAAAACAAAAUAAUAAUAUGUUUCCCAUUUGUUUGAUC